AUGGCUACCAAGAUGUUUGUUUUGCUGCUCAUUUUGGCUGUUCUAAGCAGCCAUUGCUAUUCUGGCAGCAUCUCCAUUUACUGGGGACAAAAUCAGCAGGAAGGAACGCUAGCUGACACAUGCAAGACUGGGAGAUUUGAGUACGUUAUUAUAAGCUUUCUCUGUGUAUUUGGCAAUAACCAAACUCCUCAGCUCGACCUGGAUGAACAUUGUGAUCCUUCUACCAAGGGGUGCGUUGGCUUAGCUGACGAUAUUCGGUCUUGCCAAAGCAGAGGUGUUAAGGUGUUGCUGUCCAUCGGAGGUGGGGAUGGUGUCUACAUCCUUGUGUCGUCGGAAGAGGCGAAGGGGUUUGCUGACUACCUUUGGAACAAUUAUUUGGGUGGAAACUCCACAGAUAGACCUUUCGGAGAUGCUGUGCUGGAUGGAAUUGAUUUUGAUAUUGAAGAUGGAAGCCCUAGUCACUAUGAUGAACUAGCAGGGCACUUGAAGAACUACACCUCGGAGAAGAAGGUUUACCUGACAGCAGCACCACAAUGUCCCUUUCCAGACGUGUACGUAGGGCAAGCCUUAGAAACAGGACUCUUUGAUUACGUGUGGAUGCAGUUCUACAACAAUGACUGCGAAUACAAAGGCAAUGCUUCCGACGUGAAGGCAACUUUCGAUGAAUGGAGCAACGGUGUACCAGCAACCAAGUUCUUCCUGGGGCUCCCGGCCGCUCCUAGCGGCGCCAACAGCGGUUUCAUCCCUCAGAAUGUUCUGAUAUCACAGAUUCUGCCUCUGAUCAAGAAGGCCAACAAGUAUGGAGGUGUGAUGCUGUGGUCUAAAUACUAUGAUGAUCUAACAGGGUACAGUUCCUCCAUCAAGAGCCAUGUCUGA